AUGGCUUCUACUUCUGGAACUAUGAAGCCUAAAGGGCCUAAGCUCCCUGAGAAGACAUACCUUCCAGACUCUUACUCUGAUGAUGAUGCAUUUGACUUUAGCUUCUUGGAUUUUUCUGAAGAAACUUUGAAAGCCCCCUCAAGACUAUGUGAUGAUCAGUUUCUUAACUUAUUGUGUGACGAAAACAUAUUAAGGAGGAGUAUUGAUGGAAUGGUAGAUGAUGGAGACAUUCCUGGUGUCCAACAAAAAGAGCAUUCCCACUUAGAUGAUGACAAUGAAGAUGUUGGUGUGGAGUAUAGGGUGCAUGAUCCCAAUGUUGACUGGAAAGAGAUGAGGCCCCAAUUAGGAGACUGUUAUGAAUCCCCUGCUCAACUAAGGUUGUGGACAGUGGUGACAAGUGGUGGUGAUGUGUUUGAGACUAGGUAUGGCUACAAUGGAUACAAGGUUGAUUUAUCCAAUCACACUUGCACCUGCAACUUGUGGAUGUUGUCGGGAAUACCAUGUGUGCAUAGUCAAGCUGCAAUCAACUAUGUCCACAAAGAUCCAAGUCAAUUCCUUUCUUCUUGGUUCCACAAGGACAAAUAUGUUGCAACCUACAGUCAGAACAUACAACCUGUAGGUGGAAGCAACUUGUGGCCAAUGACUGAGUUUAUUAAACCAUUAUGA